AUGCCACCCAUAAUUAACCAGAACCAGUGGUUCCCAAGGUGCGCCAUGCCCAUGGGCCCAAUGCUCGGUGGCAACAACCACCAAGUUUCCCAGUAUAUGAGCAUGAUCACUGGCGGAAACGCAGCUCUUCAGGAGGAAGGCCUCCGCUCGCUGGUCCAGCUCUACACUGGCGGAGACGACGCCGCCGGACUCGCCGAUGUCCAGCAGAUCGAGACCCUGGUCACUCUGGCCAAGGACGAGAGCAAGCGCAAGAUCAUCCUCGAGAUUCUCAAGGGCCGUCUCGCCCUCGACUGGCCUUACAACUACCGUGCCCUCGAUAUCAUGUCCAACCUUCAACCGGAGCACCUCAUCGGGUUGCUCGACGACAUCUCCAAGUACGCCAGUCCUCCAGCAGGUGUAAUAGGCCGCGAGCACCUCAAGACGGUCACCAACUCUUUCGUCGACAAGGUCAAGGCGGCCAAGGCCAAGAAGGAGGCAGACGAAUUCGAAAAGAAGCAGAAGGAGAUGAUGGCCAUGUGGGGCCCGCUGUGGACUAACCAACCCGCCGCCCCCGUCUACCCCGCCCAUCUCUUCUUCCCUCACACAGCAUCACAACCUGUUCCUUAUCCAUACGUCCCACCUGGUCUCAACUGCCCGCCGGUUACCUGGCCGAGCAGAGCGCCCGAGGGCUGGACAUCGUGGGUGCUGCAUGUCGCCCUGGUGAACAGGACCCAAGUCGAACCCCCGCCAUCCCAUACUCCUUUCUCCCGCGUGACAUUCCACGCCCUCCAGCCAGAUCCUCCCAAGGAUAGUAAGGUGAAAGAGCCGGUUCUGCAACCCAUCGUCUAUGUGCCGCCCAAGGGGAAACCGAAGGAGAAGUAG